ACCCUGAGGACACUUGGGAGGCUGUAGCUCCUGAAUGUGUGACCUUCCCCUGUGAUUAGAAGAAAGCCAUGGGGAAAGACAAGAAAGAAGAGGCCAUCUUCCUGAGGAAGAAGAUCACUUUGCUGCGGGCUUUCUCACUGCUCAUCGGCAGCAUGGUUGGCAGUGGCAUCUUCAUCUCCCCCAAAGGAGUCCUGAAAAACUCCGGCAGCGUGGGCUUCUCCCUGCUCGUCUGGUUUUCCUGUGGGCUUCUCUCCAUGUUUGGUGCCUUGUGUUAUGCAGAGCUUGGAACAAGAAUCACCAAGUCUGGAGGACAUUACAUCUACAUUUUGGAGACACUAGGGCCUCUGCCAAGCUUCUUAUUCCUGUGGGCAGAGUUUUUUGCUAUCAGGCCUGCCAACAGUGCUGUGGUUUCCCUGGCAUUUGGGCGCUACAUGCUGGAGCCGUUCUUCGCCCCCUGUGCUGCCCCUGUCCCUGCAGUGAAGCUCGUGUCUCUCCUGGGCUACUACACGGUCCUGACCCUCAAUUCCUGGAGCGUCACCUGGAGCGCACGGCUGCAGACGGCUCUCUCCGUCAUCAAACUCCUGGCCCUUGCACUCAUCAUCGUGCCAGGGAUGAUGCUGCUGGCCCAGGGCCACACCGAGAACUUCCAGGAUGCUUUUGACAGGCAGUCGCUGGUUCUGGAUAAGCUCCCCCUGGCUUUCUAUGCAGGCAUGUUCGCAUACUCCGGCUGGUUUCAGACCGGCUUUGUGCGCGAGGAGUUGGUCAAACCUGAACGAAAUAUCCCCCUGGCUGUCAUCGUGUCUGUGAUCACAGUAAUUGUGGGAUACAUGCUCACCAACGUCUCCUAUUACACAGUCUUGGGAACAGAAGAUGUUCUGGCUUCUCCUGCUGUGGCUGUGAGCUUUGUGCAGCGAGCCUUCAAAAGCCUGAUCUCCGUGGUCCCUGUCCUUGUUGCACUGUCCUGCUUUGGAACCAUGAAUGGAGGAAUCUUCACAUUUUCAAGGACUCUGUUUGUGGCUUCCAGGGAAGGGCAGUGGCCUCCUCUCUUCUCCAUGAUCCACAUUCGAAGGCAUACCCCCCUUCCUGCUGUCAUGUUAAUGUUCCCUUUGGUCACUGCCAUGGUGUGCAUUGGAGACAUCUACCACCUACUGAACUUCUUCAGCUUUUCCCGAUGGCUCUUCAUAGGAUUGGCCACCCUGGGGCUCAUCGUCCAUCGCUGCCGUCACCCGGAGCUGCACAGCCCCUUCCAGGUUCCCUUGUUUGUUCCUGUCUCUUUUACCAUCAUCUGCCUCUUCACAGUGGCAAUGUCUUUCUACUCAGACCCUGUGAACAUCAGCAUUGGAUGCACCAUAGUUCUGAGUGGUUUUCCAGUCUACUACCUCAUCAUUCACAGGCAGAUGUCCGAUCGCUGCCGCAACCUGUUUUGUGGUGUGUCUAGGAUAGAGUGCAGAGCGGAGACUUUGCUGGGCAGAGCAAGCAGCCAGGUGCCCAUCAGCUCUUCUGCACUUGUUGUCUCUUCUGCACUCUGUGUUGUCUCCCGACUCAUCUGUCUGCUCCUGAAAAUGGAGUAUGUCUGGUAUUGGCUCGAUGAUUCCAACCAGUGGAUUGAGUAUGGGAAAGAGCACCCAGGUCACGCCACUGCCACUGUAACAUCUGCAUUUCUGGAGAAUGAAUAUCAAGCUGACAAGAAUGGUAUUAUUUUCUUCAGGGCUGGUUCUCAGCAGUAUCUGUUAAACUUUGCAGACAUGGUCCAAACAAAUGUGCUCUUUAAAACUCAAAGAAGUGUUAUUCGACUGCCUAAAGAAUCUGAAGAUGGACAAGAUGGAAGCCAAAACACGACUCUAUCACAUCCUGUCUACCCUCCACAGUGGGACCAAACUGCACUACCUGAUAUUGGGUACAAGUUGAUACAGCUCAGCACUGAUUCCCAAGAAUAUAUAAAAAUCAAGAGGCUGUUUGAGAAGACAAUGAAAGGUUACUGCAUCAACAAACUGCAGAGGAUUCAGAACCCAACACUUUGGGACAUCUUUCAGUGGCAAAAAGAAAAGAUGAAGAAGCUCCAUAAAUUGAAAGGGGUGAACGAGAGGCUCCUGUUCCAUGGCACAAGUGCAUCCCAUGUGUCUGCCAUCUGUGAGCAGAACUUUGACUGGAGACUCUGUGGGACCCAUGGGACAAUGUAUGGAAAAGGAAGCUACUUUGCCAGAGAUGCCAGCUAUUCCCAUGAGUACUGCUCCUCUCUCGGUGGGCGCUACCACAUGUUCAUAGCUCAGGUUCUUGCUGGAGACUUUGUGCGGGGGAACCCUGAGUACUGCCGCCCUCCACCCAGAGACAAAAACUCAAACAGACUUUAUGACAGCUGCGUGGAUGACCCCACAGACCCUUCCAUCUUUGUCAUCUUUGAGAAGCAACAAAUUUACCCUGCCUAUAUCUUGGAGUACAGCCUUGAGACCAGCUGUGUGGUCCUGUAAUGAAUGGUGGAACAUCUUUUGAAUUCACACUGAAUAAAUUACUCUUCAGUACA